AUGACUCCGUUCUUGUUGGUUGCUCUUCUGCCUUUGCUGCUUGGUCAAGCAGCGGCCCUUGCAAACUAUUCACCGUCACAAAGCUUCGCGCAAUGCCAGAAAAGAACUUCAGAACCCCUCGAAGGCUGCCCUCCAGACACCCUUUACGUCAGCCAGACGAACGAGAGCGUCGCGUUUCGAACGAUACAGAGCGCGAUAGCUUCAAUUCCCAAUGACACAACUCCUUAUACAAUCCUGAUAGCUCCGGGAAUCUACACCGAGCAGCUGAAUGUGACCCGGCAGGGACCGCUCACCUUGUUGGGCACGUCAGACCGUCCAUGGCGAUCCGAGCCAUAUAUCGACAUUGGGUACAACUCCUCAGCCGUGAACGAUGUCCAGAUAUACUGGAACUCGGCUAAUCACAACGCCUCGUUCACCGAUAACGCCUUCACCGGCGUUCUGACUGUGGGACCGAACCUGAACGCCACGUUGACCGGCUCCGGCCCCACGGGCUUCGCCGUACCGGAUGACACACCAUUUGGGUGUACGGACUUCCGGGCGUACAACAUCGACUUCCGGAACGAGUUCGCGCCGUACUCGGAUGGACCGGCGCAUGCACUGGGGGUCAGUCGCGCGAACGCAGGCUUUUAUUCCUGUGGCUUUUACAGCUGGCAAGAUACCAUCUAUAUUGGCAAGCUGGGCAACGCCUACUUCUACGACACCGUCGUAGCAGGCGAGACGGACUUCCUCUACGGCUUCGGCACGCUGUUCAUCGAGAAGUCGGCCCUGUCACUGCGGAGCUGCGGAGGCGGCAUCACAGCCUGGAAGGGCACCAACACGACAUUCACCAACAAGUAUGGUGUCUACAUCGCCGACUCGCAGGUUCUCGCCGCCAACAGCUCCAUCGCCGCUGUAAUAGUGGAUAAGUGCUCGCUCGGCAGGCCGUGGAACGCGUUGCAUCGCAGCGUGUUCAUGAAUACGUAUCUCGACCCGGGCAUCUUGCCGGCCGGCUACACCGAAUGGGCUGGGACGUUCAAUGGGAAUAUCGGCGUCAAUACCACGAUGGCUGUGUACGACGUCUAUGGUCCUGGCUACGAUGCUGCGGCUGAAGCGGCUAGCAAUGUCACGACGGUGUUUAGCGGGGAGGAGAUCAGGCCGUAUCUUACACCUGUGGAUGUCUUUAUGACACCUGAUGGCGCGCAGCCGAACGUUGCGUGGAUUGACAAGUCGGUGUCGUUUUCUCCAAGGCGCCGUGGAAGAAGUGGUCGAUGA